ACUGCUGAGCGAGUCCUAUAGUGGUUGAGGAAAUCUGUCCUUUUCCGGCUGAUAAUUCUCCUAGGGAGACUCCCUUUAGGUAGGGUGGUUCCGGGUCAUCGUUUUAUGGUCUGCAAUACAUGUUUUGAUUACUAGUUGAGUUUCAUUCUAUGGUAUGCAUCAUAUAGAAUUACUUAAGUUUCCUGAGGUAAUUUUUACAUCUUUCUUUUCUACCGUAGUUCAUGUGGUAGAUUGUGUUAGAGUCGUUUUUUUUGUUACCUUCAAUAUGUUUGGCGUGACGUCCCAAGUACAACAAGAGGAAGAGGACUGAGGCAGAGCUGAAAGAAGAAGAUGGGACGGAGCAUAUCAAAGUCGCCGUCGAGAGGAAGAAGCCGACGGGACCGAAGCCGCUCACCCUACUCCAGAAGGAAUCGUUCUAGUGUCUCCCCGCGUCGCCGGCGGACCCGGUCGCCGAGUUACCGGCGCCGCAAGAGUCGCUCUCCUACGCCGAGACGACGUCGCAGGCAUAGAAGCAAGAGCAGCUCUCCGUCUCCUCCACCUAAGUCUCCGACUCCUGCCCCUCGCCCGACGACAACUGAUCGGAAAAAUGCCGCCGAUAAGGUCAAGAAGGAGGAGGAGGAAAAGGCCAGGUUACUACUGGAGGCGGAGCUGAAGAGAUUGGAGGAGGAGACGGCGCAGAGAAUAGAGGAAGCGAUUCGGAGAAAUGUAGAGGAGAGGCUGAGCUCUGAGGAAGUUAAGAUGGAAAUAGAGAGGCGGAUAGAGGAAGGCCAGAAGAAGCUGCUUGAGGAUGUGCAAGCUCAGCUUCAGAAAGAGAAAGACGCUGCUCUUAAUGAAGCGAGACAGAAAGAAGAACAAGCUCGAAGAGAGAGAGAAGAGCUGGAUAAGAUGCUGGAGGAGAAUAGGAGGAGGGUGGAAGAGGCUCAGAGAAGAGAAGCUAUGGAACUGCAGAGCAAAGAGGAGGAACGGUAUCGGGAGUUGGAGCUGAUUCAGAGACAGAAAGAAGAGGCUGCUAGGAGAAAAAAGAUGGAAGAGGAAGAAGAACAUGCACGCCUCAUGAAGUUGUCUAGUAAGAAUAAAUCUCGGUCAAAGUCUUCUAGUAUUGGUUUCUAAUGCUGACUGGUGCCA